AAGCAUCAAACAUAAACAAAAACUCGAAACAACUCCAUCCAAUACUUAGACGCCCGAAGAAAAUGAGUUUCUUGAAGAAGGCAUGCGUUGGAACGUCGGGAAACGUCACACGUAGUACUCUGUCUUUCAGCGGAAUUGCACAGGUUGUCCGAAUUAAGGCCCAGCUGGGAGAACAGGCGGUAAACAAUUGCGAGAAAAAGGCCAUUGCUACUAUUGGUUCAAUUGAUUUAACCGUGCUCGAAAAUGUAUCCCCCAGCGCUUUUACAUGGAAAGUGAUGCAGGACAGAAUUCCUGCCAAGGAAAAUAUGAAGAAAAGGGGCCGGUCAACUGAUCCAGAACAGCUUGGACAAUAUGGACUACAUGCUAUAACUGGUGGGGGAUCCAAACUGCAUCUCAGAGAGGAGUAUGGUUGGCGGAACAGGAAGAUUCUCAACACAGUUGAGGUUGAUUCCCCAACCAAGGCAUUAGAGGUAAUAAAGGUCAGAUCGUGCGCUUGGAUAAAAGCUAAUCUACUGCAGAAUUUACCCUCUCCAAUAUGGUUCAAAACCCCCCGUGAGGAAUUUUCUUUGGAUUUGUGAUAGUUUACUUGGAGAUUGCUUAUUUUGAUCUAUUGUGAUAAGCUCCUGAAUGCUAUCUUCUAUAUAAUGGAUUGGAAAAUCCCAUAUGCUCCCUAAUAUGAUAUAGAGUUUUCUUUUGUUGAUAAAAAAAAUAAUAAUAAUAAUAAAUGUUGCUUUUACAA